AUGGCUAACGAAGAUAUAACUGCUACUCCGAUUGAAUAUAAAUCUUUUGAAAAAAGUGGAAGCAGCAACAAAUUCAGUUAUCGGAGUGAUUUCAAUCGUGUUGAUCUGCCAGAGUCUGCAGUUGAUGAUGCUAAAGAAAAAACUAGUGAGUUGCCACUUUCAAAUUCGAACACUAAAGUUGUUCGAUUCAAAAGUGAAGUUGCAGCCGGAAGAACGUUAAAGGAGAUUGAAAACGAAAUCCGUCCGAUAUUUUCGAAAAGAUUUCAUACUGCAAAUAAGUCAUUUAUUUUUAAAAUUGACAAGAAGCGAACGGGAGAAGUCUCUGCUGCCGAUUUAAUUCUCCUUGCUUCAAAGUAUGGAAUAACAUUGGAAACAGAUGAAGUCUUGACCUUUUUCCGAUCUAUUCGCGGAAAAACUGUAAAGAAGAUCAAAUUUGUUGAUCUGUAUCAAUAUUUUACCAAAAGUCAUAUACUAAAGCCGCAGGAAUUCCUAGAUGAUCAACAUUUACGCGGCAAAGAUAGCAAAAUGACAAGCGAUGUAAAAAUCCUUAUAAAGCAGAAAAAAACGGAGCACAAACUUCAUAAGAUUCAAGAAAAAGCUAUCAAAAUAAUUACGUCUAAGAGUGGCCAUAAAUUCAAUGAAAUUAGGAAAACAUUUGGAGAUAUCGAUUUAUCACGAACUCAAGCAAUCCCUCUCUCUGCUGUAAAGAAAAUUUUUAUGGAAUAUGCUUCUGUCGACCUUACUGAUGAACAGUGGGAGGCUAUAAAUGAGUUGUAUCGACACAAAAAUGGCUUAGGGAUCGAUUAUAGCGUUCUGCUAAACGAUAUUGCAUUAAAUCGUCUGAAAAUUAAGGAAACUAAUGCUCAAACAACACCUAUUCCUGGUCGUAUAGUUGGACCUCGUUAUGAAACUCCUUUGCCGAGUUCAUCUUUUCAAUUUGAUAACGAUGCCCGAGCAAUACUAAUCAAAAUACAGAGAAAGAUUAUGCCUCAAUGGAAACCAAUAAGACGGUUAUUGAAGAAGAUGGACGAAUCAGGCAGUGGAAAAGUAGAUGUUUUAGUCCUGAAAAGCCUUCUUGAAGAUUGCGGUGUUACUCUGCAAGAUGAUCAAUUUUAUCAUCUUUUGACGUAUUUCGAUAGUGAUAUUUCUGGCAACAUAUCAUAUGAAGAUUUUCUGAGAUGUUUGAUACAUUUAGAUAGACUUUAA